AUGGGGAGGGGCGGUCAGGCAGUGGGUCUGGCUGCGGGCAGCAGGGGUCAGGCGGGAGGUGUUCGGCUGCGGUCGGCGGGUUCAGGCGUGCGGUGCGUCGGGUUGCCGGGGUCAGCGGGCGGCGGGGUCAGGCGGGAGGUGCAUCUGGCAUUUGACGGCGAAGGUCAGGCGUGCAGUGAGUCGGGUUGCCGGGGGGGGUGGUCAGGCAGUGGGUCUGGCUGCGGGCAGCGGGGUCAGGCGGGAAGUGCGUCAGGCUGCGGAAGGCGGGGGGUCAGGCGGGAGGUGCGUCGGAUUGCGGAAAGCGGGGGUCAGGCAGGAGGUGCGUCGGACUGUGGACGGCGGGGGUUAGGCGUGUGGUGCGUCGGGUUGCCGGGGUCAGCGGGCGGUGUGGUCAGGUGGGAGGUGCUUUGGGAUGAGCACGGCAGGGGUCAGGCGGGAGGUAUGUCGGGCUGCGAGAGGUGGGGGUCAGGUGGGAUGUGCGUGGGGAUGCUGGCAGUGUGGGUCAGGCUGGAGGUACCAGGCUGCGGGUGGCGGGGUCAGGCUUGCGGUGCGUCGGGUUGUGAGCAGCGGGGUCAGGCGAGCGGUGCAUCGGGCGGCGGGGCGGUCAGGCGUGCAGUGCUUCAGGCGGCGGGGGUCAGGCGGGAGGGCCGUCGGACUGCAGGCGGGGGGUCAGGCUGGAGGUGCUGCGGUGGCGGGAUCAGGCAGGCAGUGUGUCGGGUGUGGGCCGCGAGGUCCGGCCGUGAGGUGCAUCGGGUUGUGGGCGGCGGGGGUCAGGCUGGAGGUGCUUCAGGAUGUGCGCGCUGGUCUGGUGGGAGGUGCUUAGGGAUGCGCGCGGCGAGGUCAGGCGUGCAGUGCUCCGGCGGCGGGGGUCAGGCGGGAAGGGGUCGGGCUGUGAGUGGCGUGGGUCAGGCGGGAGGUGCGUCAGGAUGCUAG